UGAAGUGACUUCACGGCGUGCGGUUGGGUGCCAGCGAGGUGCGCGCGGGACAUUCUGCCACGUCUGCCGGUGCCCGAGGUCUACCCACGCGCGGCCUGGGCCGCUGGCACCGCACGUGGGCGCCUCGCGCUUCCCAGGCUGCCUCGGUGGGCGCGGGCGGUGGGCGCGGGCAGUGAGCCCAGCCCUGCGCCCCGCCGGGAUGCGCGCCCUCCGCGCUGUGCUGGGACUGUCCCUCCUCGGAGCGCUCCGAGCCUUCCCGCAGGAUGGAGCCCGCAUGGACGCCUGUGCCAGAGACUCCAGCCGCUACUAUGAUGAGGCAGCCAGGAGGUGCUGUUACCGUUGCCCAGAGGGACUGUCUGCCCAGCAGCCAUGCCCACAAGGGUCCUCCGACUGCCAGAAGCAGUGUGAGCCUGACUACUACCUGGGUGGGAGCGGCGGCUGCCUGGCCUGUGUGAGCUGUUCCAAAGAUGACCUAGUGGAGAAGAGGCCCUGCUCAUGGAACUCCUCCCGCGUCUGUGAGUGCCGGGCCGGCAUGUUCUGUGUCACAUCCGCCACCAACUCCUGUGCCCGCUGCUCCCUGCAUUCCGUCUGCUCAGCAGGGAUGAUUGUCAAGUUCCCAGGCACAGCAGAGAGGGACACUGUCUGCGAGUCACCUUCUCCAGGGACCAGCCCUGACUGCAGCAUGAGUCCAGAGGACUGCAAGGCGCCUGCCAGUGGCACCAGCCCCCAGGCCAAGCCCAGUUUGACCUCCUUAGCAAGCAAUGCCAGGACCAUGCUUCUCGGAAAGGGUGCUCCCCUCCUCCCAGAAGACGAUGCAGAAAUGACGAAGACCCCCAACUCGUCCUCCUCCGCGGGGAAGCUCAGUUCAGAUCCAGGGCUAACCCUGCAUCAGCCUUGCCCCCAGGGGUCUGCUGACUGCCAGAAGCAGUGUGAGCCUGACUACUACCUGGAGAGGGAUGGCCGCUGCACAGCCUGUGUGAGCUGUUCGGAAGACGAUCUCGUGGAGAAGACACCCUGCAUGUGGAACUCCUCCCGCGUCUGCGAAUGUCGACCUGGCAUGUUCUGUGUCACAUCAGCCACCAACUCCUGUGCCCGCUGCGUCAUUCUCCCCAUCUACUCACCAGGGACAGUCACCAAACUCCAGGGUCCGGCUGAGAGGGACAGUACCUAUGAGCUGCCUCCCCCAGAAGCCCACUCAGACUGCAGCACCAGCCCAGAGGACAGCGAGGCUCCCACCAGCACCAGCCCCUUCUUGACCUCCCCGGCUGGCUCCCAGACCAGUCAGGGGCACGGAGGGGGCAUCACCCACGCCUGGGGGGACACCAUCCUCACGAGUGCUCCCAUCUCUUUCUCCUCCACGGGAAAGCCCAUUCUGGGUUCAGGGCCUGUGCUCUUCUGGGUGCUGGUCGCGCUGAUGACGGUCAUCGGCUCCAUCUCUUUCCUCUUGUGCCACAGGAGGGCCUGCAAGAAGUGGAUUCGGCAGAAGCUCCACCUGUGCUACCCAGUCCAGACCUUCCAGCCCAAGCUGGAGCCUGCGGAUUCCAGGUCUGGGAAGAGCCUUACGCAGUCAAAGAGAAGCGCGUCUGUGGCAGAGCUGAGCACAGGAGAAAUGGGGCUCAUGGGUGCCCCAGCUGUGAAGACCUGCCCCAGUGUGGGGGCAGCCUGCCUGGAGAGCCUGCAACUGCUGGAUGCCAGCCCGGCUGAGAGCCCUGGACCCUCGAGGAACCCUCCUGAGCCCCGAGUGGCCACGGAGCAGACCAAUAACAGGAUUGAGAAAAUCUACAUCAUGAAGGCUGACACAGUGAUCGUGGGGACCGUGAAGACUGAGGUGCCUGAGGGCCGGAGCCUGGUGGGGCCAGCGGGGCCCGAGUUUGAAGAGGACCUGGAAGUGGACCAUGCCCCCCACUACCCGGAGCAGGAGACAGAACCACCUCUGGGCAGCUGCAGGGACGUCAUGUUCUCGGUGGAGGAGGAAGGGAAGGAGGGCCCCUUGCCCACGACUGUCUCUGGGAAAUGAGGCCUGGCUUAGGCAGGGGCUUAGAGGGCAGCUGAGUGCCCCAUGCUGGUGGCAGAGGUCCAUCUGGCCUGAACUGAGGUCCCAGCAUCCAGUGGGAAACCCGUCUGUCAGUGGAGUCGGGUUCUGGUGGUCUCUGCCUGAAUCCCCACUCAACUGCCCUCCAAACAAGACCUAGGGGAGCUGGGGCUUGUGCAGUAGAAUCAGCCAUGGGGCUGGAUCUGGAUGGCAGGGUUUGUUGGAGCAACAGCCACUGGGCAUCUGCCUCUUGCUAUUGCCAAGAAGAUGCCCCCAGAGCCCUGGCAUCAGACACAUACCACCAGGCCCAGAGCCCACCAGAAACCCAUACCCUUAGCAUUCCCCUCUCACUCUGGGUCUUGGGAGUCAUGCCCACCAGGCCUGGCUGCCAUGCCAGCAGCCCCCAGGUACUGUAAACAAGGCCCUCCAUGGCACUGAGGCAGCGUGUCCUCGGCAGCCCCCAUCUUAGCUAGAGCCACCACACUGCACCCUUUGUGGAGGUGAGCACCUGGCAUGGCCUCCAGCCCUGCUUGGGCUGAGUGGACCUUCCUGGUGCUGUCAGCCCCGCCCUGUUCUUUAGCCCCCACAGGGGGCCAGGUCCUCACCUGUCCCUGCAACAGGAGGUACCCAAGACCCGGCCUGCCCAGCCAUGGCUGCAGGGAGCAGGGCCUGCUCCACUUUCCCCGGGGUGCUUCCCUUCACAGAGGACGGGCCCUGCAGGCCCUUCCUGGGCCCUUGCCUACUCUGCGGACUCCCCCCUGCUCUGUCCUGGGACAUGAAGAUGCGUCUUUCCCAGAUCUGCCCCAUGCACAGACCCCGAUGGCGCCAGGCCCUGCCCAUGGCUCCAGCCGCCCAGCGCCCAAGGUUAGGAUGUGGCUGUCAAAAAGCAACAUGUUCUCACCCAGACAUUCACCUCAUUCUGGACUGUUGGAAAAGAAAGAACAUUUCGUAGUUCAAUCUGGAUUUCAGGAUUUUUGCAUUUCACGCUAAGGAGUCAAGCUGCCUGACUUGGGUCUGCUGGCCUGCUCUCCCCAGAGCUUUCAGACUCUUGUAAACAAACAAGUGGCCUUGGAAAGGGACACGCGGGCAGAUGACAAGUCUGCUGCAGCCUGGAGUAUUAGGUCUGCUUCUGGAAUUACCCUGCUCGAAGCCUGGCCCUGGAAGGCUGUUGUUUACUCACCGACCCGCUUGCUCUGCUCUCUGCUCUCUGGAGGAAGUCGGGGCUAGGUCAGGAAUCAGAAGGGUAGUUUCUGAAACCACUCAGAUAUUUUGGGGAAAGUUGGAGAGGCUGGGACACUGCGAGAGGCCAUUACACCAGAACCUGAAAAUGUUUACGUGGGCUGGACAACAUUUGCCAAAAUGCCUUUGUGCAAGGAUGGCGUGGGCAUGCCCUGUCCCCCUGAGCAUCAGCUGAGAGGUGUCCAGGGAUGCCCGUGCUCAGAGCAGGGCCUCUGGCAGCCUUGACUUGAGGAUGUUGAUACAUGUUUAGUGAAAGGAAGCACUCCCCCACCCAAGGGCGCUUUUGAUUCUCUGAUAUUUUGGGUCCUUUAAAAAUGUGUAAGGUCCCUUAAAAACGAAUCACAAGGAAGGCUGCGAUUGAGAGGAUUUGAGUACCUCUGAGCAGGAAGGGUCCCAGCAGUCCCUCUCCCAGCCCCAGACACCCCAGCCAGCCUCUGGGGACAGGGAGCCUGUGACCUGCUGGGGCAGCCCUUCCCCUACCAGGGUUCUUCCUCAGGCACCCAGGCAAAGCUUUCCUCCGUGUCUCCCACUCUCUGGCCCAAGGCUGUCCCUGUGGGGAUAUUCAGAAUAAAGCUGCCCUUGUCAUA